AUGGAUUCCAAAGCAGAGGGACAACGCCAAACGAUGCUUGAAAAGGCACGUCGCAAGAUUUAUGAGGAGUCGGAACGAGAACGACAAAAGAUCGCCAAGCAAAAUGAAGUGCGAGUGGGCAGCGACAAGUUCGUCACCACCAAGAACGACAUUGAGUCUCAACUCAAGAGCAGCACGAUCGGCUUGACCGAGCUACGCGAUUAUAGAAAGAUCAAAGAGAACCUCCAGGAACAGCAAAUGCGUGAAGCAGCCAAAACGGCACCUCUUGGUGAGGAAAAGAGGAAAAAGAGGAAAAAGAACAAGGCCAGUGUCAAGUUAUCCUUUGCCGAUGAUGAUGAGCAUAAUGAGGAUGAAGAAGAAGAAGAGCAAGCAACACCCAAGAAGCGCAAGAUGCUCAAGGAUCCAACGGUGGAUACAAGUUUCCUUCCUGAUCGUGAACGAGAAGAACGAGAACGUUUGGAACGAGAAGAGCUUCGACAACAAUGGCUCAAGCGACAAGAGGAGAUUAAGAAUGAAACUAUCCAAAUCACAUACUCUUAUUGGGAUGGCAGUGGACAUCGAAAAUCGGUUCAGUGCAAGAAAGGUGACAGCAUUGCUCAAUUUCUCGAGGCAUGUCGACAACAAUUCCCCCAAUUGCGUGGUGUCAAUGUGGAUAAUCUUAUUUAUGUCAAGGAAGAUUUAAUCAUCCCGCAUCACUAUACGUUUUAUGAUUUCAUCAUCAACAAGGCUCGUGGCAAGUCCGGUCCUCUUUUCAGUUUCGAUGUUCAUGACGAUGUGCGAUUGAUUAAUGAUGCUACGGUGGAAAAGGAUGAGUCACAUGCUGGUAAAGUCGUGGAGCGAUCUUGGUAUGAAAAGAACAAGCACAUUUUCCCUGCUAGUCGUUGGGAGGUCUUUGAUCCAGAGAAGGAUUACGGCAAGUAUACGAUCAAGGAUUCAAAGAAGAUUUAG